AUGAGUCUCACUGACAAGGACAAGGCCACAGUCAAGGCCUUCUGGGUUAAGGUAUCCAAAAGGGUUGAGGAUGUCGGACCAAACGCUCUUUACAGGAUGCUGAGGGUGUACCCUCAAACCAAAACUUACUUCACCCACUGGAAGGACCUGAGCGCCAACUCAGCCCCCUUGAAGGCACAUGGUAAGGUCAUCAUAAUGGGGAUUAGCGACGCCGUGUCCAAGAUGGACGACCUUACCGGAGGUCUGCUGAGCCUCAGUGAGCUGCAUGCCUUCAAACUGCAAGUGGAUCCUUCCAACUUCAAGAUCCUCUUCCACAACCUCAUGGUGGUUCUGGCCAUCCUACUGCCCAAAGACUUCACCCCAGAGGUUCAACUGGCUUUGGACAAGUUCCUGGCUGCCACAGCCCUGGCUCUGUCUGAGAGAUACCGAUGA